GGACACCAAUGGUGUGGAAAGAGAAGAUAUCAAAUGUUUAUGAAACCUCUGCCUAUUUGCUUUCUCUACUGAUCUGGUAUGACUGCAAAACCUACACCAACACCACAUCGGACAAGUAAACGGAAUAAAUUCUACUCACAAAUCGGUGACUACUAAGGCCAGUGAUCUCAUGGACAGCAGCCCCCUAAGGAACAUUGGAAGAGGCAAACAUGGCAAAAUCAAGAAACCACGUGGGGGACUUCUUGGAGGAGUUCAGAGAGCAGAUCAUUGCGCAGGUGAGAUUAUCUGGGCCCAUAGUAGACGCUGUGAUCUCACAACAUCUUAUCCCAGAAGAGUUUACGCACCGCGUCCGUGCAGCCCAGACCACACAAGACCAGAUGAGGGCUCUGUUUGAAGCCGUAGAGAGAGAGACACCACAAACCAAACUUGCAUUCCAUCUGAUAUUGAGACGGAAAGAGCCUGAACUCAUGGACAAGCUAGAGCAGAGACAACGAAACAGUAAGAUGACACAGACAGGAUUGGAUCAAAGGUAUGGAGAUACCACAACAUUAGAGGAUAAGACAACACCAAAACUUGGCAUACAGACAAAAAAGGAAUCUCUUAAGAGACGAAGACAAGAAACAAUGCAAGCAAUUGAGGAGAUUGAAAAACUUUGGGAGGGGUCAAGAAGGGAGAGAAAUGAAACUAACUACAUGAAAGCAAAGAUUAAGCAACAACAAGAGGAAAUAGAAAGGCUAAUGGCUGAGAAACAAGAGCAAAACACAAAGAUGGAGCUGAUGAGGAUGGAGAUCCAGAAUGUGAAUGAAAAACUGAAACAGAACAUGGAGGAAAUAAAUAUAGAGAAAGACGGAAUACGACAAAUGUGGGCUGAUGUCCAAACAGAGAAAGACAUUCUGGAGAGAAGACACAAUGAGACCAUUAACGAGAGACAGAGUUUGGAAUUGAUCAAGUAUGAGACAUUGAGAGCAAAAGAGGAGAUGGAGCACUGCAAGGAAACAACAAAACAAGAGCAGGAGAAAAUGGAACAGAUUAAGGCUGACAUUCAGGGACAGAUAGAGGACAUGGAAAUAAGAAUUGCAGAAACCAAUCAAGUAAAAGAAAAAAUGGAAGCGAUGAAGGCCGAUGUACACAGGGAGCAAGGUCAGCUGGAGACAAAAAGAGAUGACAUUAAAAGACAAAAAGAACAGUUUGAACAGAUUAAAUGUGAGAUAAACAAAGUAAAAGAAGAGAUGGAUCGAAGGUGGUAUGAAACGGAGAAAGAAGAGCUUGAGCAGAGAGUUAGGAUCCAGCAAGAGAAAGAGGAACUUGCCACCGUAAAAGCUGAGCUGCAGAGAGCUAAAGAGGAGGUUGAUCAAAACAGGGAGAAGACGAAGCAAGAGAAGGACCUGGUCAACAAAAUGAAAGCAGAGAUUCUUCUAGAAAAGGAUUCACUUGAGAAGGACAAACAAGAAACAUUACGAAAACAAAAGGAGUUGGAGCAGAUCAAGUAUGCGAUUCAAAUGGACAAAGAGGAGAUUGAGCAAAACAGAGAGGAAGCAAAGCGAGAGAAUGAUAAGAUGGAACAGAGGGAAGCUGAACUGCAGAGACAAGUGGAAACGAUUGAGAGAAACAUUGAGGAGACAAAGCAAGAAAAUGACAGAAUGGAAAACGUAAAAGCAGAGAUACAGAGAACGAAAGAAGCACUGGAGAAACAAAAAGAUGACACCAGGCGAGUGAAGGAGGAAAUGGAGAAAAGAAGGUAUGAGACUGUCAAGGAGGAGCUGGAGCAGAGAGCUGAAAUACAGAGACAGAGAGAAGAAGUGGAAAUGCUCAAGUCUGAAAUGCAGAAAGCCAAGGACGUUGAAAAAACAAGAGGAAACCGAGAGAGAGAGGAAGCCAAAAAGUGGAGUGAAGAAAUAAAGCGACAGAGAGAUGGGAUCAAACAAUUGAGAGCUGAAGUUCAGAAGGAAAAAGACAACGUGGAGAGGAAAAAGCAAGAGACAAUGAGAGAGAGACAAGAAUUGGAGAGGAUUCAUUUUGAAACGCUGAGAAUGAAAGAGGAGAAUGAGCAAAGCAGGGAGAUCACAAGAAGAGAAAAGGAGCAAAUGGAGCAGAUGAAAGUUAAUAUACAGAGACAGAUAGAAGAUAUAGAAGAAAAAGUUACAGAGACAAAACAAGCAAAAGACAAAAUGGAAGAAAUAAAAGCAGAGAUACAGAGACAACGUGAAGAUUUGGAGAGUAGAAGGGAAAAGACAGAGAAAGAGCGAGAGCAUUAUGAAGAGGUUAAGUGUGAGAUAAUUCAAUUGAAAGAGGAAAUGGAAAGGAAAUGGUGUGAAACAGAGAAAGACGAGGUGGAACAGAGAGCAAGAGCGCAGCAAGAGACGGAAACACUUGAAAGGUUGAAGGAGGAAAAACAGAAAGUGCGAGAGGAAAUAGAAAGAAACAAGGUGGAAACGCAACGAGAAAGAGAGAACCUAGAAAAAAUUCAAGCCCGUGUGAAAGACGAGAAGAACAUUGCAGAGAAAAUAUCAGAAGAGGCCAAAAUAAAGAAUGAGGACUUAACGGAAAUGGAGCGUAAACUUCAGGAAGAAAGGGAAGAGAUCGAGAGGAGCAAGCAAGUCACAAAGCAAGAGAAGGAAGAGAUCGUAGAGAUGAAGGCUGAACUCCAAAGACAGAUGACAGAAAUAGAGAACCGUGUGAAGGAGACAAACAGAGCAAAAUAUGAGGUGGAUCAGGCAAAGCUGGUCGUACAAAAAGUGGAGUCCCAGCUGAAAAAGCAAAGAGACGAGGCUGGAAGAGUAAAAGAUGAAAUUGAGAAACAGAGAUAUGAAGCAGUGAAAGAAGAGCUUGAGCAACGAGCUGAAAUCCAACGAGAAAGAGAAAUGUUGGAGAAAGUAAGAGACGAGAUACGGAGAGCCGAAGAAGACUCCGAAGAAACGCAGCUUCAGAGCAAAAGAGGGGACUUACAAAAGAAGAUGGAUGAAACAAAGCAAGAGAGGGAGAUGCUUGAGCAAAUUAAAACGGAGGUUUUGUCAGAAAGGGCCAUGUUGAAAAGACAAAUCCAUGAAACUGCAAGAGAAAGAGAGGACUUGGAAUUGCUUCGGUGUGAGACCCUGAAUAAAAAGCAGGAGCUUGAGAAAAAGAAGGAUGAAGCUGUCAAGGAAGAGCUUGAACUGAGAGCUGAAAUGCAGAGAGAUAGAGAGGAGAUAGAGAGAACCAAGAAGAAAAUAGAGAGGGAGUUAAAACAAGGCAGGGAUGCCACAAGUCUAGAGAGAGGCGAAGUGGAACGGAUGAAGGUUGAAGUACAGAACCAGCAUGAGGAAAUGACUAGAUCCAUUGAGAGGACAAGGCAAGCCAGAGAUGUGAUGGAACAGAUGAAGGAUGAAAUUCAGAGAGAAAAACAACUUUUGGAGAGAAUAAGGGAAGAAACAAUAAGAGAGAAAGAACCCUAUGAAACGGUCAAGGAUGAGCUAAACAGAGUAAAAGAAGAGAUGGAAAAACUCUGGGACGAGGUACAGAGGGACGAGCAGGAAGAGAGAGCCAAACUGCAUCGAGAAAAUGUGGAGCUGAAUAAGAGAAUGGAGGAAAUUAAGACAGAGAUUAACCAGAUAGAAACAAUAAAAUUUGACCUAGAGAGACAGAGAGAUGAGAUUGAAGCAAGGAUGGAGAAGACAAAGAGAGAGAUGGACAAGCUGGAACAAACGAAGGCUGAAAUACAAAGACAGAAAGAGGACAUUGAAAACAAGAUGACAGAAACAAAGAGUGAGAAAGAGGAGAUGGAAAGGAUCAAAUCUGAGAUACAGAAGCAGAAAGAGGAAAUUGAAAACAAAAUGCAACAAGCAGAGACAGAAAUGGAUGAGCUGAAAAGUGUGAGGGAAGAUAUUCAGAGGCAGAGACAAGAGGUCGAGAACAUGAUGCAGAAGGCCAAGAGAGAGAUUGGAGAGAUGGAACUAGUGAAGACUGAGAUGCAAAGGAAGAAAAAGGACCUUGAACAGAUGAUGAGAAAGACUAAGAGAAAAAAGGAAGAAAUGGAAAAGAUGAAGGAUGAAAUAGAGAGGGCAGAAGAAGAGAUGGAACAAAGAAGGGAAGAGACCAAAAGGGAGAGAGAUGCAAUUGAACAGGCGAAGGCUGAAAUAGAAAGAACAAAAGAGCAACUGGAGAUUCGUCUGGAAGAGGGCUUUAGAGAUAUUGAUGAGAAGGAACAGAUGAAUGCUGAGAUACAGAGAUUAAUCCAAGAGGUAGAGCGAACCAGAGAAAUGGUACGACAAACAAAAGUGGCAAUGGAAAACAGGAUGGAAGAAAGCAAUAUGGAGAUGGGUGACAAAGACAGAGUGAAUGCUGUAAUCCAGAGAUUGAUUCUAGAGGUGGAACAAACCAGAGAGGUGUUAAGAAGGGUGAAAGAAGAAAUGGAACUGAGCAAGGGGGAGUUAAAAGGGGAAAAGGACAAAAUCAGACUGAUGAAGACGGAGACACAAAAAAGAAAAAAAGAGCUGGAGCAAAGGAUGGAGAAGAUCAUGCGAGAGAGGGAUGAGUUAGAACUGGUGAAGUCAAAGAUACAGAGACAACGGGAAGAGCUGAAACAGAAGAUGGAAGAUGGAAAGACUGAGAGUGAAAAGAUGGAACAGAUGAAAGAUGAAAUUGAGAAACAGAGAUAUGAACAACGAGCUGAAAUCCAAAGGGAAAGAGAAAUGUUGGAGAAAGUAAGAGACGAGAUACGGAGAGCCGAAGACGAUUCCGAAGAAAUACAGUUUCAGAGCAAAAAAGGGGACUUACAAAAGAAGAUGGAUGAAACAAAGCAAGAGAGGGAGAUGCUUGAGCAAAUUAAAACGGAGGUUUUGUCAGAAAGGGCCAUGUUGAAAAGACAAAUCCAUGAAACUGCAAGAGAAAGAGAGGACUUGGAAUUGCUUCGGUGUGAAACCCUGAAGAAAAGGCUGGAGCUUGAGAAAAAGAAGGAUGAAGCUGUCAAGGAAGAGCUUGAACUGAGAGCUGAAAUGCAGAGAGAUAGAGAGGAGAUAGAGAGAACCAAGAAGAAAAUAGAGAGGGAGUUAAAACAAGGCAGGGAUGCCACAAGUCUAGAGAGAGGCGAAGUGGAACGGAUGAAGGUUGAAGUACAGAACCAGCAUGAGGAAAUGACUAGAUCCAUUGAGAGGACAAGGCAAGCCAGAGAUGUGAUGGAACAGAUGAAGGAUGAAAUUCAGAGAGAAAAACAACUUUUGGAGAGAAUAAGGGAAGAAACAAUAAGAGAGAAAGCACCCUAUGAAACGGUCAAGGAUGAGCUAAACAGAGUAAAAGAAGAGAUGGAAAAACUCUGGGAUGAGGUACAGAGGGACGAGCGGGAAGAGAGAGCCAAACUGCAUCGAGAAAAUGUGGAGCUGAAUAAGAGAAUGGAGGAAAUUAAGACAGAGAUUAACCAGAUAGAAACAAUAAAAUUUGACCUAGAGAGACAGAGAGAUGAGAUUGAAGCAAGGAUGGAGAAGACAAAGAGAGAGAUGGACAAGCUGGAACAAACGAAGGCUGAAAUACAAAGACAGAAAGAGGACAUUGAAAACAAGAUGACAGAAACAAAGAGUGAGAAAGAGGAGAUGGAAAGGAUCAAAUCUGAGAUACAGAAGCAGAAAGAGGAAAUUGAAAACAAAAUGCAACAAGCAGAGACAGAAAUGGAUGAGCUGAAAAGUGUGAGGGAAGAUAUUCAGAGGCAGAGACAAGAGGUCGAGAACAUGAUGCAGAAGGCCAAGAGAGAGAUUGGAGAGAUGGAACUAGUGAAGACUGAGAUGCAAAGGAAGAAAAAGGACCUUGAACAGAUGAUGAGAAAGACUAAGAGAAAAAGGAAGAAAUGGAAAAGAUGAAGGAUGAA